AUGUUAAGAUUCACGACUACUAAGGCUUUUUCUGCCGCCAGAGCUGUUACCAAGCCGGGCAUGAUUAGAUGCUAUUCUCAAUAUCCAUUGUCCAAGACUAUUACCUUGCCAACUGGUGAGAGCUACGAGCAACCUACUGGUUUGUUUAUCAACAACCAGUUUGUUCCUGGUAAGCAACACAAGACUUUUGAGGUUCUGAAUCCAUCUACCGAGGAGGUUAUUUGUCAGGUGCACGAGGCUCGUGCUGAAGAUGUUGACCUUGCCGUUGAUGCUGCCGAGAAGGCUUUCGAAGGUGACUGGUCACUUGGGGAUCCUGCCGUCAGAGGUAGGGCUCUUACCAACUUGGCUGACCUCAUGGAGGCUCAUAAGGAUACUUUGAUUGCCAUUGAAUCUCUUGAUAAUGGUAAGACUUUGGCUAAUGCUACUGGUGAUGUUGCCUUGGUUGUUAACUACCUCAGAUAUUGUGGGGGUUAUGCUGAUAAGCUCGAUGGAAAGGUGGUUAACACUGGUUCUGACUACCUUAACAUUGUUAAAAGAGAACCUUUGGGUGUCUGUGGUCAAAUCAUUCCAUGGAAUUUCCCUCUUUUGAUGUGGUCCUGGAAGGUUGGUCCGGCUCUUGCUUCAGGUAACACUGUUGUCUUGAAGACUGCUGAGUCGACUCCAUUGUCUGCUUUGUACGCCGCUAAUUUGGCCAAAGAAGCUGGCAUACCAGCGGGUGUUUUGAACAUUGUUUCUGGUUUCGGUAAGAUUACCGGUGAGGCUAUUUCUACUCAUCCAAGGAUCAGAAAGGUUGCAUUUACUGGUUCUACCCGUACUGGUAAGCAUAUUAUGGCUGCUGCUGCUCAAUCUAACGUCAAGAAGGUUACUCUUGAGUUGGGUGGUAAAUCUGCCAACAUUGUCUUUAACGACUGUGACGUGAAAAAGACCGUGGAGAAUUUGGUCACUGGUAUCUUUUACAACUCUGGUGAAGUUUGCUGCGCUGGUUCCAGAAUAUUUAUUCAGGACGGUGUUUACAACGAGGUUCUGGCCGAGUUUAAGGCUGCCGCUGAGGCCGUUAAGGUUGGUAAUCCAUUCGAUCCAAGCAAUUAUCAGGGUGCUCAAACUUCGCAGCAACAGGUGGACAAGAUUCUUGGAUUCGUUGAUAUUGGUAAAAAGGAAGGUGCUACAUUGAUUACCGGUGGAGAGAGAUCUGGUGAUAAGGGUUACUUUAUCAAGCCAACCUUGUUCGCUGACGUUACUCCUAAGAUGAAGAUAUGGACAGAUGAGAUCUUUGGUCCAUUCGGUGUUAUUGCCAAAUUCAAGACUGUUGAUGAGGCUAUCGCCUUAGCUAACGACUCUGAGUACGGUCUUGCUGCUGGUAUUCAUACCCUAAAUCUUAACACUGCCAAAUACGUUGCCGACAGAAUCAAGGCCGGUACUGUCUGGAUCAACACCUACAACGAUUUCCAUAAUGCUGUUCCAUUCGGUGGUUACAAGCAGUCUGGUAUUGGUAGAGAGAUGGGUGAGUCAGCUUUCGAUAACUACACUCAGGUCAAGGCUAUCAGAAUUAAGAUCGAUGAGUCUGGAAACAACUAA